AUGUAUAUACUGUCUGCGGUCUUACUCUCGUUCGCCGUUCUGGGCGUAUCUGCAACACCCGUGGCCGAUAAGCAUGCGAGCUCUAACGAAGUGAGUGGCCCACCCGGACUCGUACAGAGCCUAUGGAAUAGGGGUAUGCGGUUGUCACCUCAGUUGGAAGACGAGAUCUGGGGCCCAUACUACCGUUGCAUUGAAGACAUAUACCAACAGCGGCACCCACCGCCAACGCUAUCCGAGAAUGCAUCAGCAGACGACAGAGAUGCUCGCGCUAAAGAAGAGGCAAAAUUCGACGAGAAGGCGAGGGCUGACUGCAAGGAUAUUCCCGACGAAGUACGUGAUAGGUUGAAGGAACUGCAGGGGUGA